AUGGUGCUUGCUGACUCUUCUAUCUCUGCCCUUUUGGAAAAGAAGCAGAAAAUGACCAAGUCUCAGGGUCCAGUGUCGUUCGAGGAUGUGGCUGUGGAUUUCACCCAGGAGGAGUGGCAGCAACUGGACCCUGCUCAGAGGACCCUGUACAGGGAUGUGAUACUGGAGAACUACAGCCACCUGGUCUCAAUGGGGUAUCCAGUUUCCAAACCAGAUGUCAUCUCCAAGUUGGAACAAGGAGAAGAUCCAUGGAUCAUAAAGAAAGACAUAUCAAUUUGGAUCUAUCCAGGCGACAGUCUGGCAGAUGGGAGACAAGGGAAGGAGACUAGACUUGACAGCCUUCAAUUGGAUAUGCUUGGAGAUGUUUCCUUUCAUAAGGAGAUACUAGAAAGUGUCACAAGGGAUCAUUCACUGUACUCCAUUUUAAAGAUUUGGCAAGGUGAUAAGAAACUGGAGAAGGGUCAGGAAAAUCAAGACAGACUUCUCAGGCAAGUCAUGGUCAUCAACAACAAAACAGUUAUUGAAGAGUCAGGCCAUAGAUAUAAUGCAUUUGGAAAAAUAUUUCAUGACUGCACAACCCUAGAUACUUCAAGACAAAGACUGUAUAUGUGUGAUUUGUUUGAAAAGAUCUUGAAACCUAAUAUGAACCUAUUCAGUUGUAAUAGGGGUUAUAUAAGAAAAAACACUGAGAAUUUUGGAUGUGGGAGAACACCUAAUUCUUUCUAUUCUAACCAUGAAAAAAUUCAUAGUGGAAUGAAACACUGUGAAGAUAAUCAAUGUGGAAAGAUUAUCAGCAAUAAACAAUUUCUUAUUCAAUAUGUGAAUGGUGAAACUGGGGAGAAGACCUGUGUAUGCAUUGAGUCACAGCUCAUUACUCAUCAACGAAUUCAUACUGCAGAGAAGCCUUAUGAUUGCAGUGCAUGUGGGAAAGCCUUCAGUGAGAAGUCACAUCUCAUUGUACAUCAGAGAACUCACACUGGGGAGAAACCUUAUGAAUGUUCUGAAUGUGGAAAAGCCUUCUCUCAAAAAUCAUCUCUCAUCAUACAUCAGAGAGUUCAUUCAGGGGAGAAACCAUGUGAAUGUAGUGACUGUGGGAAAGCCUUCUCCCAGAAAUCACCCCUCAUUAUACAUCAGAGAAUUCACAUCGGGGAGAAACCCUAUAAAUGUGCUCAAUGUGAGGAAGCCUUCAGCAGAAAGUCAGAACUCAUUAUACAUCAGAUAAUUCAUACUGAGGAGAAACCUUAUGAAUGUACUGACUGUGGGAAGACCUUCUCCCGGAAGUCACAGCUCAUCAUACAUCAGAGAACACUCACUGGAGAGAAACCCUAUAAAUGCAGUGAAUGUGGAAAAGCCUUCUGUCAGCAGUCACAUCUCAUUGGACAUCAGAGAAUUCACACAGGAAAAAAACCUUAUAUGUGUACUGAAUGUGGGAAAGCCUUCUCUCAGAAGUCCUACCUCCCAGGACAUCAGUGAAUUCAUACAGGAGAGAAACCUUACAUAUGUGCUGAAUGUGGAAAAGCCUUUUCCCAGAAGUCAGACCUUGUUGUACAUCAGAGAAUUCAUACUGGGGAGAAACCCUAUCGAUGUGCUAUAUGUGUAAAAACCUUCAUCCAGAAGUCACAACUCACUGUACAUCAGAGAAUUCAUACAGUGGUAAAAUUAUAAGAAUGGAUUGAGCACAGAAAAGCCUACAGUAGCUGUUCAAGCCUUAAUAAAUACCACAG